AUCUUGUUCGUUUUUUUUUCUUUGGUCUUGUCAAAGUCUUUUUCAAUUUUGAGUCCCAGUCAAUACGUCUGUGCUCUUUGACCUUUAUAUUUUCUAUUCUAUGGAAUUGGUUUCUUCUGGUCAAUGCAUUAUGCAUUCGCUGGCUUCUCUUUGUGUCUGAACAUCCUUUUUAUACGCAAUAAUUCUCUCUAAAUUUUGAAAUGAUAAAAAGCAACGAAUGUUUUUCCUGAUCUUCGAUUGUGUCUUUGAUUGAUGCAACAGGUUAGGCGUUCUUCCCUGGUUUUAAGAUGAAUCAUUGUAACCUUAAGCAGAACGCCUUCGAAUCCAGAGGAGGAGGAGUUGUUCCUGUCUAUUCCUCUGUUGUUUGUCCUAAGCCUCGUCGCGUUGGCAUUCUCUCCAGUAACGUUCUUCGUCCGUUUAGAUUAUUACACUUUAGUCAAUCAGGAGCAGCGGAUGUAUGUGAUUCUAAAGCUGGGGCAGAUCUUUUGGACAUCAUUCUUAGAAAGGAUGAGACAUUGUCCGCUGUAGUAGCUUCAUCACCUCCAUUUUUCCUCGGCUCUCCCCCGAGCAGAGCAUCGAACCCGUUAGCUCAAGAUGCGCGAUUUGGAGACGACAAACUCAACCCUAUCUCACCCUCGCUCUCAUCUCCAUCUUCAUCUUCAUCUCGUGUCAAAGGAGGAGGUUGUGGUCGAGUGAAGUUUGGGAUUAAACAGGCAGCUGUAAGAGUUGAGGGAUUCAAUUGCUUAAACAGGGACUCAAGCAUACCUGCCAUGGCUUAGAAGAAGGAACAGAGAUUCACAAAGUGUACAUAAAAUCCAGAAUCAAGACUCCAUUUCGUUUUUGAAGUAUGAUAUAUAUUGAAGAUGAAGAGGGAAAGGAAGGUUAAAGAUCAGUCAAUAUCACCAGCUAAGGCUUUUACCGCAGUUUUCUGUAACUUUGAGACCAAUAAUGUAUUUAACGCAUAGAUUUUGAGAAUAAUCAAAAAAAUAUAACAAUACUGUUUUAAUAUAUAUGUAGUUGAAUCCUGCAAUAACUACGAUGAAGGUCAAAGAAGUUUUGAAUU